GGAAGUCGCAAGAUGGCUGAUGUCGCUUGGAAGUAAUGUUCCCCUCUGCAACAUGAAGCCGUGAGUGUGGAAGACAGCGAGGGAGGCACCAUCGGGCUUUUAUUUUAAUUUAAUUUUAGUUACUUUUCUUUUAUUUCGUUAAACAUCCAUCUCAUUCCGCGUCGUGUCGGCCCCGGACUUGUCUUCGGGAGUUGACGCGUCAAAUCACGCCGGGGACCCUGCCAGCAGCUAACGGCUAACGAUCACUUAGCAACUGUUAGUGCAGCUAGCCAGGCACACCGCUUGCUAGUUUGUUUUAAUUCAUAUUCUGACACCUGCAAACCAACAAGCUACCGAUACAAGCGCGGUGAUAUUUGCCGGAGGUAGUGCAGAUUAAAUGUCAAAUAUUUCAGCUGUCAGGUAAAAAAAAAAACGAUUUAGAAAGCUGCUCGGUUUAACAUCAUGUCCGCGAACUGGCCAUCCAGCCUGUGGGUUGCUAACUAAUGCGCAGUAUUGCAUCUGUUUCAUGUGCACAAACUAGCAGGGUAAUUGUUUUAUUUGCAAUUUUUUAACACCAUCAACCACCUUGCUGCAUUUCCGUUACUUGCUGCCAACUACAUUUUUGAAGCUGGUUAUGUUAAAGCCAAAUUAUGGGAGCAGGAAAUGUGUUGAACUUUUUCUGGUGGUAGGUAGCUACACUGGCCUUGCUGGCAUCUCACCAAAAAUCCACAGGGAUGGACACUAAACUGAGCACCCACGACCAAAACUGAGAAAUUCGCAGUUCGAUAUCUCGGAAUCAGUAACAAUAGCUGACACACGUGUACAUCAGUGCAUGGUGACUGAUUUCACUAAUCUGGGUGACAGAUAAGUUGUUUUGCAGGGUUAACUAAACUACAGUUUUUCACUGAAUCGGAGACCAGUUAGCUUGCCUAAAGUGCACAGCUAGCUCCGGUCUCGCCCCACAUUACAUUACAAACACGGCGUACAGAACGUAUUCAGAGCCCUCUCCCGGCCAGACACACAGGCUGAACAACACCGUCAUGGGAGUGCAGGGUUUUCAAGAGUAUUUAGAGAAGCGGUGUCCCGGGGCCGCAGUCCCGGUGGACCUCCUGAAGCUUGCCCGUACCGCGGCCCGCCAGCCCCCUCACCACCAUCACCCACACCACCACCCACAUCACCCCGGGCCCAUGCCUCCCCCGCCCCCGCCUGCCAGGAUCCUAAUCGACGCUGACUCCGGCCUGCAGCGCCUCUACGGCGGCUACCAGACGGACUGGGUGUGCGGGGGAGAGUGGAACGCCAUGCUGGGCUACCUGGCCGCCCUGUCGCAGGCCUGCCUGUACCAGGGGGGCCUGGAGCUGGUCGUGGUUUUCAACGGCACACUGGGGAAGGAGCGCUGGCCCGAGUGGGCGCGGCGAGCUCAGGGCCAGCGACAGACCGCGCAGCUGAUAGUCAACCACGUCGGCAGCAAGGCCACCCCGCCUCCCAGAGCAUGGUUCCUGCCCCCGGCCUGCCUCAGCCACUGCGUCCGCCUCGCCAUGUUCCGCUUCCGAGUGCGGGUUGUACAGACUUUGGAGGACCACCACCAGGAAGUGCUGUCUCUUUACAGAGACUUUGGAUUUUCCGGCCUGAUCGCUCAGGAUUCUGAGUUUGCUCUCUGCAACGUACCCGCCUACUUCUCGUCGCACGGGCUCAAACUGAGCUGGAACGGCAAGAACCUGACCACACACCAGUACCUGCUGUCUGAGGCCGCCAGGCAGCUCGGGCUGAAGACACAGCACCUGCCCUGCUUUGCUGCUCUGCUGGGAAAUCAUAUUCUGCCUGAUGAGGACCUGGCUGCCUUCCACUGGAGUCUGCUGGGACCAGAACACCCUCUCGCUUCUCUCAAGGUGCGAGCCCACCAUUUGGUGCUGCCGCCCUGUGAGGUGGUGAUCAAGGCCGUCUCAGAGUACGUCUCCUCCAUCAAAGACCUGGGAAACCUCGACGCCAUCGCCAGAGAUGUCUUCAAACAGUCACAGUCUCGCAUGGAGGACAAGGUGCAGCGAUUCAAAAAAGCCGUGGAUUAUUUCUCAGCUGCCUCCAAACCUCGCUCGCCCAACAUGGGGCCCUCAGCUUUCAUCUUACCUGGGUUUGGAUUUGGGGGACCACCCGGCCACAUGGGACCGAUGCAGCCUGGAAAGAAUCAGGUAGAUUCCCCAACUCAGGAAUUCUUUCUCCCUCCUUGGUGUGUGUGUAAUUAGAUCU